AUGGCCCUCAACAUUUUGAUAGUUUCAUGCUGUGAUUGCUGCUCGCUGGGCACCUAUGAGUCACUUGAACAUGUGUUGGCUAUAUGGGAUAUUGUUGCGAAAGUUUGGGAUUUGGCUGAAACGGCUUUGGGUCUUCCCCGUCUAGCAUCUCGUUCGUGGUGGGCGAUGGUGAUGCACUGGUUCUCCUUUGCCAAAAAAUCUUCUCAGCGUGGUGUCCUUAUUGGUAUCCUUCCCUACAUUAUCACGUGGCGACUUUGGGUGCGACAUUGUAAGGCUAGGAUGGAGGAGUUUCUUGAACCAGUAGAGAGUGCACUUGAUAUUCUGUUUUGUAGUAUUAGGAGUCGAAGGGCAAAACUGAUUUAUUGGUUCAAACCAGCUGAGGGGUGGGUCAAGAUCAAUGUCGAAGGAAGUUGUAGAGGGAAUCCUGGGACUUGUGGAGGUGGCGGUGUGAUUCAAGACUAG